AUGGCCACCAACCAGAUCAGCCCAGAGUCUCUGUCUGUGUUGUUAGCCCCGGUGGCGAACAGGGCACAGCGGUGGUCUCAGAACUCAGGUCGAUGGAAGGAUGUCUUCUUGUUGGUCCUGGUGGACUUGUGGUGGAUAAGGGCAGGGCAUGAUGAGGCUUGCCCCAGAGAGAGAAAGGCAUGGCACAGGGGAAAGCACAUCGUUCUGAUGCGUGGAGCAACAGUUGUGGACUACUCUCCUGGCGAAUGCGAAUGGAUGGUAAAGCAUGGUAUGGGACAAGAAAAGUUCAGAGUUGAUUCCAGGGAGGUUGCGGCACGCUGGGCAACCGCUCUCCAGCGAAGAGUGCUGUCAUGGCCCGACAUGCUGCGGGGUGUGGGUGCAGGUGGAGAUAGGACUGUGGGAGCAGUUUCUGAAGAACGGGUAAAACUGGGUUUUUUCGACCAGCCGAACCUGGAUGCAGCACGAGCCCUUGUCAGCAAGGCAACGGUGGCUGUGGGUGUCCUUGAGACAGCUGCACAGUUCACCCAGGAGGUUGGAGGGGCUGUGCCACUUGUGGGCGCUGCACUUCAAUGGUUGGGAUUUGUUCUUGAGGUGGUGGCACGGGAGGGUGAGGAAAUGGGGAGCACUGCAUCUGCACAUUCCAGGCUGGUGGUGGUGGGUGAGCGCAUAAUGGAAGAUCUGUGGAGAGCCUUCCAGGAAAAUGAUGAGGGCUAUAUGAGUGUUCUUGCAGAUUUUAUGCAGUUCAUCGAGGGGGCUGCUCGUGCACUGGAGCAGUUUGAGAGCAAGACAAAGAUACAGAGGCUGGGGGAUGCAUUUUGGCAGACGAGCACCGGCCCACUGUCAGUCCUUCAGGUUGUUGACGAGUGCGAACGUCGUCUGAACAGCGUCCAGACAGAUCGCACCCACAGGAAGGUCGAUCUCAUUCUCAAGCUUGUUCAGCCACAGUCUGGGAAGUUAUCAGUCAUUCCCACUGCACCUGAUGCGGUUGCUUUGGAGGCACAGGUGGCUGCUGUCAGGGACAAGCUGCUGUCUCCAGGAACCAAGUAUGUGGCACUCACAGGGAUGGGAGGGAUAGGGAAAACGACAUUGGCAAGGGCUGUUGUCAACGACAGGCAAGUGCAGUCCAGCUUUUCAGCAAUAGGGUUUGUCAUUGUGUCACAGAAUCCGAAUAUUCUGGUGUGCCAGAAGAGGAUUUCAGAAGCUUUCAUUGAUCCAAAGGAAAGGGUAGAAUUCACAAGUGAGGAAGAUGGCACACUGCAUCUGCAAGCAGCAUUGAAGGACAAGAUUUUGCUCCUUGUGUUGGAUGAUCUCUGGGAGGAGGACGACUUGAGGCAGCUUGAUGUCGUGUCGGCGAACAGCAGAUUGCUCAUAACAACAAGAAUUGAUGCAGUUGCCAAUUGUGUCAAUGCAAAUGGAUAUGACAUGAUGCCCCUGGACGCAGAAGAAUCCCACAAGCUGUUUUGCAAGUGUGCAUUUGAUGGUGGCAAACCAUCAAAAUGGCAGGAGCAGUAUGUGAGGGACAUCGUUCGAGAGUGCGAUGGCCUUCCUCUUGCAUUGGAGGUCAUGGGCAGAGAAGUCAGCACUUACAAGGAAGCAGAAAGUGCUGGCUCUACUCGCUUGGAAAAGAAGAAAUGGGGGAGGGCAGUCAAAGAACUGAUGGGACAGGGCAUCAUCCGUUCCAAAGUGUUUGACAGGGUUUUUUGCUUGAGCUUCAACAGCCUUGACCAGCAGCAUCAAUCAGCCUUGCUCGACUUGGCCAUGCUGUCUGAGGACCAUUAUGCAAGGGAAUCUGAUCUAGUGGAGCUGCAAGUGUCCUCAGGCUCAUGUGAGGACGAGGAUGUUGCACGAGAUGUGCUGAGGGCCUUGGAGAGCAAGUCUUUGGUUAUGCGGACGGGGGCAGAUCUCGUUGAGAUCUCUGAGUAUCAGUCCUGCAGAGCUGUGCACUACCACUUGCAUGAUGUGAUCCGUGACAGUGCGCUGAAGAUGAUGGAAGAGGCACCAUUCGUGGAACGCAACAGAUUGGUGUACUCACAGUUGAGGGGUGCCGUUCACAGCAAUGUGGAGUUUUCAUGCACCAGGUUUUCUGCCAGUCGGAGCACAAAGGAGGGUCAGUCGUGGGAUCUUCAGUCUCUGAACAUGCCAAAGCUGCAAACUGUGUUGCUGAGAGGCGCAAGAAUUUUUGAGCUGCCUGCCUCCAUUCUUGUACCACAGCUGGUGGUUCUGGACUUGUCAUUCGCUGGUGUGACAAAGCUGCCACAGCAAAUUUGCUACCUUUCAUCCGCCAAGUUGCUCCGAGUGGAUGGCUGUGACAGACUGGAAGGUCUUCCAGAGGAAAUGGGGCGAAUGGGCGAGUUGGAGGUGCUGUCAAUGAGGGGUUGCAGGAGCGUCUAUGACCUGCCAAACUCCGUUUGCCACUUGUCGAAUCUGACAAAAUUCCUGCUGCCGCACUGCGGAAUUCUUCACUUCUUUCCAACUGAAGUGCCAAAGUUGCAAAGCUUGACAGUGCUCGACUUGAGCAGGAGCUUUGGAUUGAAGCGACUGCCUCCCAGUCUUGGGGAGCUGGCCAGUUUGACAGCUCUGAACUUGGGCGGCUGUUGGCAGUUGGCUCAAUUGCCAGCAUCCAUUGGCUGCCUAGAACAGCUGGAGGUGCUGAUACUGCAUGCUUGCACCAGCUUGCCAGAAAUCCCAGAGAUGGUGACCCUUCUAACCAACCUCGAAGAGCUGGAUUGCCAACAUUGUCCCAACAUUAUGCGCCUUCCAGAUGGCAUAGCUGAUGGCUGUCCAAUGCUGAGGAUUUUGCGCCUGCAAGGCAACAAGCUGGAUUUUCCUACAUUUGUGGAGAGCUUGGACAGUCUGGAAGUGUUGGGACUUCCAGUGAGCUGCAAGAUACCGGAUACGUUUGAUGCACAGUUCCCUGAUGUGAAAGUGGAGAGGGAGACAACAAUGGAAUGCAGUUUCAACAAUGAGGAGGUGGGAGACACACCCCUCCAUUGGGCAGCUGCCCAGGGCCUUAAGGAGAUGACGAAAUGGAGUUUGAAGGAAAUUGAUGCAGAUUGCCAGGAUCACAAAGGCAACACCCCACUCUGUGCAGCAGUACGGGGCGGUCAGGUGGCCAUUGUCAAUGUGCUUGUCAACCAUGGAGCAUCAAUUGACCUGGCUGACAAAAACGGCACCACUCCACUCUGUUUGGCUGCAAGUCUGGGCCAGCUUGCGAUUGCUGAGGUGCUGCUCGAUCGACAUGCUUCGAUUGAGCAACCUGACAAGUACGGCGCAUUGCCACUGUCAGUGGCAGCGAGUCAAGGCCACACCACUGUUGCAGAGAUGCUUCUGUGCAGGGGAGCCUCCAUAGACCUGCCGGACAGAUACGGCGAGACUCCUCUCUGCGCUGCAACACGGGCAGGUCAAACUGCCACUGCCCAGGUGCUGCUGAGUCAAGGUGCAUCGAUCAAGCUGUGUGGCAAAAAUGGCGACACGCCUCUUUGUGCAGCUGUACGUGGUGGCCAUACAUCCACUGUUGAGAUGCUCCUGAACCAAGGAGCGGUGGCAGAUCAAUUUGGAAGGUACGGCGAGACUUCUUUGUAUGUGGCGGCGUGCCGUGGCUUUACGCAUAUCGCCGAGAUCCUCCUCAAUCGGGGUGCCUCCGUAGAUCUUCAUGGGAGAUACGACGAGACUCCACUGUGCGUGGCUGUUCGAGGAGGCCACACGGCGACCGCGGAGAUGCUUCUUAGUCGAGGGGCAUCGGCAGAACUAUUCGACAAGUACGGCGAAAGUCCACUCUGCGUGGCAUCAUCCAUCGGGAAGGCGACCAUAGCCAGAAUGCUUUCGCUACAAGGAGCAUCAAUGGAGCCGUUGGACAAGGGUGGUGAAGCGCCACUCUGCGUGGCGGCGUACCGCGGACAGACGGAUGUCGUUGAGGCGCUUCUUGAUGAGGGAUCCCAAAUUGACAUGCCUGACAAGGACGGCGAGACUCCACUCUGUGCAGCUGCACGUGGAGGGCGGACAGAAACGGCUGAGAUGCUUCUUGACCGAGGGGCGUCCAUCCAUAUGCUGGGGAGAUACGGGGAGACGCCGCUCUGUGCAGCAGCCUGUUGCGGACAGAUGGAGGUUGCCGAGAUGCUCAUCAAUCGGGGCUCAUCGAUAGACCUCUGUGGCAGACAUGGGGAGACGCCACUGUGUGCAGCAGCGCGUGGAGGCCGCACGGACAUCGUGGAGAUGCUUAUCAAUCGAGGGGCGUCGAUAGACCUGUUUGGCAGGAUUGGAGUCGCUCCACUAUGCGUGGCUGCACGGCGAGGACACACGGCAACAGCCGAGACGAUUCUCAGUAAAGGGGCGUCCAUAGACCUGCCAGACAAGAAAGGAAGGACUGCUCUGAGCUGGGCAGCCGAGCGUGGCCUGUCUGCUGUUGUGGAACUUCUCUUGAAACAUGGGGCGGAUGCACGCGCCGCUGACGAGGGUGGGAGAACACCAACAUCUUGGGCGAGGACCGGGGGGCAUGCAGCAUUGGCUGGACAGCUGGAAGCGGCAGAGAAGCUGCAGAACAUGGCGAGAUGA